CCUCCUGCUCCUCCCGGGCCCGUGAGUGGCUCGGGAGAAGGCGGGGCGGAGCAGGGCAGGCGGAGGAGACUUUCCCGGCAGCGCGGGGCGGGCAGAGAAGGGGAUAGCGGGGAAGCGCGACGGAGCGGACGGCUGAGCCAGCAGAAGCUUUUCUGAGCGCCCGUCCGUCGGGGAAGAAGCCGAGCGCUGCCCAACCCAGCCGCCCGGUGAGCCUGGCCCGCUGCGUCAACCUCCUUCUUUGCACUAUGGAGGUGGAGGCGCCGCAGGAUAUGAACCUGAUCGACAUUCUCUGGAGGCAAGAUAUAGAUCUUGGAGCAAGGCGUGAAGUUUUUGAUUUUAGCCAAAGACAGAAGGAAUAUGAGUAUGAAAAACAGAAGAAGCUUGAGAGGGAGAGACAAGAGCAGCUUCAGAAAGAGCAAGAAAAAGCCUUCCUAGACCAGCUGCAGCUGGAUGAGGAAACAGGAGAAUUUGUUCCUAUUCAGCCUGCUGAAGCCAUUGAAUCAGGAAAUACCACCACAUCCAAUAAUUAUUCACAGAGCGUUCACAUCUCCAAACAAGAUGCAGGUGACCUGUUCUUUGAUGACUGUAUGCAGCUUUUGGCAGAAACUUUCUUGUUUGCUGAUGACCAGGUUCCCUCUGCUGAAUUUCUGCCAGCGGCACCUUCUGAGAUGGACAGCAACCAGGUCUUGGUUGAAUCUGAUCGGAUGAUCCCACUUGAUCCGUCUCUCCUUGAGUCUACCAUUCCAGAGUUGACAGCGGCAGAUGCUGAGACCAUACAAGAUAUAGAACAAGUUUGGGAAGAACUGCUGUCUAUUCCGGAGUUGCAGUGUCUUAACAUUCAGAAUGAUAAUCUGGUUGAAGUAACCCCAAAUGCAUGCUUGGAAAACGCAUCAGCAGAGGCCGAUAUGAACUUUAGCUUUUAUGAUUCUCCUGCUAUGGAGAAAGAAGUUGCUAACUGCAGUCCAGAGUACCUGAGCCCUCUGGAAGCUUCCUUUUCCAGCAUGCUACUGCCGGAAGAUCUUAGCCAAAACAACACAUCAUGCACAAGCACUGAUUUUUCUGAGGAUUUCUACUCUUCCUUCGUUGGUGUGAAUAUGAACACGUCUCCCCCACCACCAAAUUUUGUGGACCAGGCAAUUGCUGGCUUUUUAAAUGAACCUAUUGAUCUUUCAGAGUUUGCUCAGUGCAAAGCUUUUAACCGUGACCUUUCAGGAAAUGCCCCAGAAUCCAACGAUUCAGAUUCUGGCAUUUCGCUGAACGCGAGUCCCAGUACAUCAUCUCCCACUCAUUCUGUUGGGUCAUCUUCCAUCUCUAGAGAUACAGGAUUUGGAUACAGUGAUUCUGAAAUGGAAGAGAUGGAUAGUGCUCCUGGAAGCGUGCCACAGAGCAAUGCUAAAAUGCAUUCAUUUCAGUUCUAUGCUCCGCUGUCUCCAUCCCCGGGACAGAGCGUCUCAAAUCCUGAAUCGCAGCUUACAAGUAUACCCAAAAAAGAAUUGCCUGAAAACCCUGGUCAUGCUGAAGUUCCGUUUGUGAAGGACAAGUCCUCCAGCCAACUCGAUGCUCAUUUCAGCAGAGAUGAGCUUAGGGCAAAAGCUCUGUGUAUCCCUUUCCCUGUUGAAAAAAUAAUCAAUCUCCCUGUGGAUGACUUCAAUGAAAUGAUGUCCAAGGAGCAGUUCAAUGAGGCACAGCUUACUCUGAUUCGUGACAUACGAAGGCGAGGCAAGAACAAAGUGGCUGCUCAGAACUGCCGCAAAAGGAAACUGGAAAACAUAACCGAGCUGGAGCAUGACUUAGGUUAUCUCAAGGAUGAGAAAGAGAAGCUCCUCAAAGAGAAAGCAGAAAACGACAAGAGCUUGCGACUGCUGAAAAAUCAGCUGAGCACCCUGUAUGUCGAGGUCUUUCGCAUGCUUCGGGAUGAAGAUGGCAAGCCUUAUUCACUUAAUGAUUACUCACUGCAGCAAACGAGAGAUGGCACCAUCUUUCUUAUUCCCAAGAGCAAGAAGCCAGAGACUAAAAUAUGAAGAUCAGGGAGACUAAUGUUCUCUCAACAACUAUUUUUUCAAUUUGCAUUUUCUACUCCUAGGACUUCCUAGGAUGCAAAAUAUUUCCUUCCCCAAGUGACUUUACACAAAUGUCUUUAGAGUUAACUAUAUGAAUACACUUUAAAUUGGUGUAAGGCAAAUGUAUGCACAAUGAGUAGUACUUUUAUAAGACACUAGUUCCUUUUUUAUAUAGCAACUUGACUAGAUCCUGUUCUAGUGUAAAUAUUUCAAAAUGUCUUAUUUAUAUACUGUUCCUAUAAUUUGUUUUUACCUAACUUUAUAUCAAGGGUGAUUUAAGACUUUCAAUCCUAAUUACUUAUAAGACCAAUCUUGUUUUCAUGAACAUUGUUUGAUAAAAUAUGAAUGGAAUGUUUGCAGUUCCUUGAAAAUUUUUACUUGCUUUGAUUUAAUAUAAGAGAUUGAAUGUAGUGUUAGUAAACACACAUACUAAAGGAGUAUUGUUAGGGCUCAGCCCAGCCAAAAUAACUGAAGGCUCAUUACAAGAAUUAAAACUGCUCUUUCAUUGAAAUGAAUGGAGCAUCAAUAUGCUUAAUUUGGGGCUAGAUUGUGUCCUUAAAGCUGAAAUUUUGCUUUGCAUACAAAUGUAUGCUCUAAGUAAUGCUAAUUUUUAGAUUUUGUACAUUAAAAAAUAAACUGCAUAUACUCUUGG